AGCCGAGAUGCUGUGGUUGAUUGGUGUAGUAUUUUUAGCUCCUGUUUGCCAUGCACAGACGGUUGCUUCGCUGCCACCCGAUCCAGCAUGUGACGUGACGAAGGGCUGUUUUUCGGAUUGUGCUGGCUCCCAGUGUUCAUUCCUGGUGACAUGGAGGACGAUAAGCAAUGCACAAAUUGUAUUUGAAAUAACUUCAGCGGUAUCUAGCGCGGAGAGUUGGGCAGCCAUUGCAUUUUCUGGAGAUAGAGCAAUGGGAUCCGACAGUGUUGUUGCUUGUGUGGCUUCCGGUGGAGUUAUCGCCGCUGAAUCUGGUUACACUGACGGCAGAUCCUAUAGAUCUCUUUCUAACAAAAAUCUGGGUUUGACAGCUGUCGCUGGCUCUUUGGUUGGAUCAAUCCUCAAUUGUAGUUUGACCAGGACGAUGGCAAUACCAGGACAGCAAGAGUUUUAUGAUCUGCAACAAAACUGGCACAUUCUUUUUGCUCGAGGCCAAACAUCAUCUGGUACCCCAACGAAACAUUCAGAAUCUCCAGUUAUCAGUUCACAAGAAGUGGAUUUCCAGUUGACCUCGACUUUAGCUGGAGCAGCCGUGUCUUACCCUCUAGUCAAGGCACACGGAUCUCUAAUGAUCUUCGCCUGGGUGUUUGUCGCCAGUAUUGGUAUAUUUGAUGCCAGGUAUAUGAAAACUAUCUGGCCGGAUUCGACCCUCUUCGGACAAAAAGUUUGGUUUCCGAUUCACAGAAUUUGUAUGGGGACAGUCCUGAGUCUCACUGUGACAUCGUUCAUCAUCAUAUUCGUGGAAGUUGGAGGCUAUGCACAUAAUAUAAGCGUGGCAGCAGGUAGUAUUGUAUACGGACGUUACCAUCCGAUCCUGGGGAUCAUCGUCACUACCCUCGCCGUGAUUAACCCCAUCAUGGCUUUGUUCCGUUGUGCCCCAGAUCACGAAAAAAGACCCAUCUUUAACUUUGCUCAUCGUCUCUGUGGAAUUUCUGCACAUAUUAUUGCAGCUUUAACAAUCAUCUUUGGGACGUAUCUAGAAAAAUCUCAGGUAACCGGAAGUGCCUCGGCUGUGGCGAUUGCAUACAUUUGGGUGUUUAUGAUUGUAAACAUCGUUUUGGAAGUGUACUUGAUGAUUAAACGAAGGGCGGCGACAGGUCAAUCUGGAAACAUCGAACUUGUCAGUGAAGGCGGGAGGUAUUCGCAAUCACCGGAAGGGCUGCGAGAGGUAGAAGAUUUUGCCGUGAAGUGUGCAUUUGGGACCCAGAUAUUACUCAUGUUCGUCUUCGCCUUGACUUUGCUCGUGCUCCUCAACAUUGGCUGAUACAUAUCAUUAUGGUAGUUUGACGGGACUUUUGGGUUGAAACCUUGAUAUGUUUGAGGACUACAGCCAAAAGUACACAGCAAGGUCAAACCUGACUAUUCAAUGGAGCUUAUAGCAGUUGAACACAGUUUGUUCCUCCGGUGUAUCUACUGCACAGGACAUUACGGCGAUAUCACCAUCUCACUU